AUGCCGUUCGGUUUGAAGAACGCCGGAGCAACCUACCAACGACUUGUGAACAAGAUGUUCGCAGAUAAGCUGGGCAUCACCAUGGAAGUGUACAUCGACGACAUGUUGGUUAAGUCGCUCCAUUCCAUUGAUCACCUCCGUCAUCUUCAAGAAUGUUUCGAAACUCUCAACAAAUACGGCAUGAAGCUGAACCCAGCAAAGUGCACAUUCGGAGUCUCUUCAGGCGAAUUCCUCGGCUAUAUAGUCACACAGCGAGGAAUCGAGGCAAACCCGAAGCAAAUAUCCGCGGUCCUGAACCUCCCAAGUCCGAGGAACAGUAGAGAAUGCCUCCCCUUUUACGAUCUCUUGCGGGGAAACAAGAAGUUCAUUUGGGAUGAGAAGUGCGAGGAUGCAUUUAUUCAACUCAAGCAAUACUUGACAACACCUCCAGUACUCGCUAAGCCGGACGUCGGUGAUGUUCUAUCUCUCUAUGUCGCGGUGUCACAAGCUGCAGUCAGCAGCGUUCUGAUAAAGGAAGACCGCGGCGAACAAAAGCCCAUCUUCUACACAAGCAGACGCAUGACUGGACCAGAGACGCGAUACCCGACUCUGGAAAAGAUGGCUUUAACAGUUGUCGAGGCAGCAAGAAAGCUUCGACCGUAUUUCCAGUCACAUUCAGUGGAGGUACUGACUGAUCAACCUCUCCGAACGAUACUCCAAAACACCAACAGAUCUGGCAGACUCACGAAGUGGGCCAUCGAACUCGGCGAGCUCGAUAUUACCUACAAGAACCGCACAGCGGCGAAGUCCCAAGUCCUUGCGGACUUCCUGGUCGAGUUGGCCCCAGAAUUGGAACAAGAUCUUAUACUCCCAAGCUCAAACUGGACGCUGCACGUCGAUGGGUCAUCGACCAACAAGGGAGCAGGGGCCGGAGUCCAACUACAGUCCCCGACCGGAGAGCUAAUCAGACAGUCUUUCAGCUUUGGCUUUCCCUCGUCAAACAACGAAGCAGAAUACGAAUCUCUGAUCGCCGGACUCCGCUUACCAAAAGCCUUGCCAGUCAGUUCAGCGGCGACUACGAUUCCCGCAACGACCGAAUGGACGCCUUACCGAAUGGACGCCUAUCUCAAAAUAGUGCAAAGCCUGGCAGCAGAGUUCGAGUUUUUCGAACUCAUCAAAGUUCCAAGAGGCGAAAACAUCUGCACCGACGCCCUCGCGGCCCUUGGCAGCAAACUUCAUGAUCAAGUUAAACGCACUAUCCCAAUACAUCGUAUCGAGAAACCAAGCAUCGACAUAUUAACCGAUCAAACACUCGUCGUUGCCCCAGUCAUCGAACCCACUACCCCAGAUGACGACGGAUUUGGUCCUGAUUGGAGAAUUGCGUUUAUCGACUACCUCUCGAAGGGAGAACUCCCAAACGACAAAUGGGCAGCUCGCCGACUAAAAACACGCAGCGCCCAUUACGUCGUUCUUGACGAUGAACUACACCGCUGGACCGCGAGUAAAGUGCUCCUAAAAUGCAUUCAUGGCGACGAGACAGCAAGGGUUAUGGCGGAGACGCACGAAGGCGCUGGCGGAAAUCAUUCGGGCGGACGUGCAUUAGCAAUCAAAGUAAGGAGCUUAGGCUUCUUCUGGCCAACAAUGAACGCAGAUUGCGAGUCUUACGCGAGAAGCUGUGACAAGUGCCAACGGCACGCAUUAGCGAUCAAAGUAAGGAGCUUGGGAUUCUUCUGGCCAACAAUGAACGCAGACUGCGAGUCUUACGCGAGAAGCUGCGACAAACGCUUCAUCCUCGUCCUCACCGACUACUUCACCAAAUGGAUCAAAGCUGAAGCAUACGCUCAAGUCAUAGACAAAGAAGUCCGCAGUUUCGUCUGGAAAAAUAUUAUUUGCCGCCACGGUUUACCUUAUGAGAUCGUUACCGAUAACGGAUCGCAGUUCAUGUCAGGCAACUUCAAGGAGUUCUGUGGCAAAUGGAACAUUCGACUAAGCCCCUCCACUCCUCGUUACCCGCAAGGUAAUGGCCAGGCAGAAUCCUCCAAUAAACUCAUCAUCGAUGGCAUUAAAAAGCGUCUGGAUCUGAAAAAGGGUCACUGGGCUGACGAGCUCGACGGAGUCCUAUGGAGCCAUCGCACAACCCCGCGAGGAUCGACAAAAUCGACACCUUUCUCCCUCGCCUACGGCGUAGAAGCCAUGGCUCCCGCUGAAGUCAACAUUUCAAGCCUCCGACGCUCCAAGAUGCCUCAAUACGUCGAACUCAACAAGGAAAUGCUACUCGACGCCCUGGAUGAGAAAGAAGAACGACGAGAUCAAGCUCUGCUGCGCAUCCAUAACUAUCAACACCAAAUCGAGAGUUACUACAACAAAAGGGUCCGUGCCCGACCUCUGGAACUCGGUGACCUCGUCAUGCGAAAGGUGUUUGAAAACACUAAGGAGCUAAACGCCGGUAAACUCGGCGCCAGGUGGGAGGGACCUUACAAAAUCAUCAAAGUCGUCAAACCUGGAGUAUACCGACUUCAAACUUCACGUGGCGAAGAAGUUCCCCGAUCAUGGAACUCGAUGCACCUAAGACGUUUCUACUCGUAG